CCACUACGCUACAUCCUGGUUAUUUGAUCUAUAAUCAAUCUUGUUUAUUAAUAGAAUACUUUAACAAUUCUUUUUAAGCAAUAAUAGUAUAAAUAAUCAUUAAUAUAGCUAUAAAUAAUCAUUUUAACUAUAAUUAUAGCGCAAAUUUUUUAGUCAUUGGUUACAUAUGGUAUGUAUACCUAGAUCUGUUAUUUUAAGACCAUUUUAAUAGAUAUCUUAUAAUACAGUUUCAUUCAACUGAACUUAUAGCCUUUGUAUGACAUAAUCUUAUCAGCUACUGGGUCAUUCUGCUUCUAAUAAAAUCUUAUCUGCCCAUUGGCAGCUUCCUUUCUAUUGAUUUAUGUUUGAAAUGAUAAGUAUUCACACCAUUGCAUUUUAGAAGGAGGUUUCUUAAUUUUAACUUUAUGAUUACCAUGGAUGACAGUAGCAUGAGCCUUUUAAGGGUGUCCAUUUUUCUCCUGUUCUCAAAAUGUGUUCUCAGUGAACCCUUUAAGAUAUACACCAAUGAUGUAGAAGACUUGAGAGCCUCUUCUUUUCCUAAACGUUUUAUUUUUGGUACUGGCAGUUCUGCUUAUCAAGUCGAGGGAGCAUGGAAUGAAGGAGGUAAAGGAGAAAGCAUCUGGGAUAGAAUAAUACACACUACACCAAGUUAUAUUCAGGAUAAUAGUAGUGCUGAUGUGGCCUGCGACAGCUAUCAUAGGUACAAAGAAGAUAUCAAACUUAUAAAAAAGACUGGUUUCUCCAUGUAUAGAAUUUCUAUCUCAUGGCCACGUGUUCUGCCAAAUGGAACAAAUGAUUAUAUAAAUUCAGAAGGUUUGCAGCAUUACAGAAAUGUGCUUAAUGAACUAGCAAGAUACAAUAUAGAACCAAUGGUUACCUUGUACCAUUGGGACCUUCCUCAGGCACUCCAAGACAUGGGAGGGUGGAUGAACGAAACCAUAGUUGAACACUUUCAAAACUAUGCUCGAGUGAUUUUUGAAACUUUGGGAAAUCAGGUGAAAUGGUGGGGAACAAUCAAUGAGCCUAAACAAAUUGCCCGUGGAUAUUCAAGUCAUAAUUACGCACCUAGUCUUGGUCUUAACGGUGUUGGGGAUUACAUAGCUGGUCAUAAUAUCUUAAAAGCUCAUGCUAAAGUUUAUAGAAUGUAUGAAAAGGAAUUUAAACCAACUCAAAAAGGUAAGAUCAGCUUAGGACUUUCCGGCAAUUUUCUCCUUCCUAAAACAGACUCGGAGGAAGAUGCAAGAGCUGCUGAGCAAGGAAUGCAGUUCUCUUUAGGGUGGUUUGGCCACCCAGUAUACAGCAGUACCGGAGACUAUCCUCCAGUCAUGAGAGAUAUCAUAGAUCGCAAUAGUCUCAGAGAGGGACGAAACCAAUCAAGGUUGCCUUAUUUCACUCUAGAAGAGAUUGAGGAAAUCAAAGGCAGUUAUGACUAUUUUAGCUGUAAUCACUACACAACAUUUUUGGGCACAUUUGGUGAGAGUGGUCUAGACCCUUCGAAUGAAAGAGACAGAAACGUCUUGUUGGACGUUAACCCUAAAUGGCCUGCAUCCAAUUGUACUUGGUUGAAGGUAUAUCCAGAGGGGUUUAGAAAAAUGAUAAGCUGGAUUAAAGCUCAUUAUGGAGAACAUAUACCAAUUGCUAUAACAGAAAAUGGAUACUGUGAUGAUGAAAGAUUAAACGAUUUUGGAAGAGUGUCUUAUUAUGAUAGCUACUUAAAGGAGUUAUUAAAAGCGAUCGUAGAAGACGGUGCUAACGUGGUAGCCUACCUGGCAUGGAGUUUUCUUGACAACUUCGAAUGGAGGGGAGGAUAUAUGCGUAGAUUUGGUUUAUACCACGUAAACUUUUCAGAUCCACAACGUCCCAGGAAAAGAAAAUUAUCUGCUGAAUAUUGGGAAAGAUUUUUACUUCAAAGAGCUUAGCAUAUGAGAUGCUUUGCUUUUGAUAUCCUCUGAUUUAUUUUAUCUUUACUGACUACUUUUCUUUGACCAUUAAGUAUUUUUUUCCCCAUAAAUUAAAUUAAUAACUAAGAAAUGAUGGAAAUCAUUUUCAUUAAUAUUAUUAUUUUUAAAUAAAAAUGAAUCCAGAAAUUUGUUGACUUAUUUCUAUUUAACUUUUUGCUGAGAAUAAUUCGCAGAAACAUUUCAAAAAUGAUUUACAGAACGUAGACAGCUAACCUUCCAUGUUACCUUGUCAGAUAAAGAAUUUACUUGAAGAGAAAUUUUCUUUGAGAAUAUGAAAAAUUAGCCUUGUACCAAUUUUGAGAUCAUUACUGUCUGUCUGAUCAUUAUUAUUGUGAGAUUUGGGCAAGUUCUCCAUUGAAAUAUUUUUAUUGGAAAUGUUUUAGUGAUUACUAAGUUCAGUUUCAAAUAUACCAUGAAAUAAAAACAUCAGUUUAAAUUAAUUAAUAAUAUAUUAUUUUCGUGAUUACAAUUUAUAUUGUUUUCCUCAAGCAUAUGGUUACAUAUUUUGUAAAAUAAAAUAAAAUUGUAUUUUUUUAUUG